UCCUCUUUGGUGAAUGAGCUAUUUCGCUGUUUAAUGUGCACGAGUGAUGAGCUCUGGUCCUGAAAACACAGCAUCGCUAUUUUAACCAGCUUCAGCUGAACACAGGUAUUUUUGCCAGGAUGCUCAAACUACGAAUGCUUAAUGCAAUUGCACCAGCCUACUUCUGUGCUGCCACGGUCAUCACUUUCGUACUUCAUUUCUUCCUUUUCAUCCCCACUAUUUUUCAAACCCACAAUGUUAUGCUGAGUCCCAUCAUGCUGCUCCACACCACCGUUUUAUUAUUCUUUAUGAUUAAUGCCCUUGGCAAUUACUCAAUGACAAUAUGGUUUCCAUCAGAGAACUGUCCAGACAAAGUGGAUGCACACUACCUCCAGAAUGGCCGGCACUUCUGCAAACUCUGUAAAAAAGUCAUUCUUAAACGGGACCACCACUGUUUCUUUACUGGAAACUGCAUAGGAAACAGGAACAUGCGUUACUUCAUCAUGUUUAGUAUUUACACCUCCUGUACCUGCCUGUACUCUCUGGUUCUUGGGGUGGCCUAUCUCACAAUGGAGUAUGCCAUCUCUUUUGAAAACCCACUGAUGUUCCUCACACUUCUACCCAUCUCCACAGGAUACUUUUUUCUUGGUGCAAUCUCAGGCGUUCAGUUCUUUCUGGUCAUCAUGCUUUACGUAUGGCUCGGAAUUGGCAUGGUUAGUGCCGGUUUCUGCUGCCAGCAGAUCUUGCUUGUAGCCCGUGGACAGACCUGGUGUCAGUUGCAAAAAGGACAGUUAGUGGAAAGCCGAGGAACAUGGCGAUCCAAUCUAAGUGAUGUGUUUGGUUCCCGCUGGGUACUGGGACUCUUUCUUCCAGUACAGACUGUAGAUACCACUUCUGAAAACUGGCAUGGACACAAGCAUGACUGACCACAGAUGUUUAGAAAGUUAAGACUUCUUUGUACUGCAUUUGCUAUUGUAGAUAUUUAGGAAAUAUGCCACCAAUGCAAAUGUCUGACUUUUGUCACCAGAGCCAAUACAUACACUAUCAGGCCAAGAGUAUAUAGACUCCUGACCAUAAGCUUGUUGGGCUUCCCAUUAAAAAACCAUGGGCAUAAAUAAUGAGUGAGGCCACUGCUAACCUUCCUUUUUGCAACAACCUCUGACCUUCAAAAAGGCUUUACACAAGAUUUUGAAGUAAGUAUUUGAGAAGUCAGGCUGUGAAGUAUGAUGGAUGGAUGGAUGGAUGAAUUUGCCCUUCCUGCUUGUGUCUUUAUCUUAUAUUUAAAUUAGUAGGAAAAUUUGAAAACAAAAAUAUGAGAACAUUUUCUCACACACACAGGAUAUACACAACAGUAUGUAUUAAAACACAGCAAAUACUAAAGUGUUUUUGU